AGGAAAGAAACAUUAAUUCGACACAAAAACAAAAUUCAUGUUAAUAAACAAUUUAUUUGUAAUAUUAAUAAAUGUGGUAAAGAUUGUAAUUCGAAACAAUCAUUGAUUAACCACAAGAAUAAUCAUUUAAUUGACAGCAAAAAUAAUAAUUAUUUUUACUGUUUUUGGCCUAAAUGUCAAUACAAGGCAACAAACAAACAAAGAUUUAUUUGUGAUUUCAAUGAAUGCCACAAAAGUUUUAAUACUAAAUCAAAUCUAAUUCAACACAAAAGUUGUGUUCAUUUGAAUGAAAAGAAAUUCAAAUGUAAUAAAAAAAAUUGUGGCAAAAAAUUCAGUUCAAAAUCAAAUCUUAUUGUUCAUAAACGCAUACAUUCGGGAGAAAAACCAUUUGUUUGUCAUUUCAAUGAUUGUAACAAAAGUUUUAUACGAAAAGCCCAUCUCAAAGGCCAUCUCACCAAAUUCUAUAAUCUAAUUGUUCACAAACGCAUUCAUUCGGGAGAAACACUAUUUUAUUGUCAUUUCAAUGAUUGCACCAAAAGUUUUACACAAAAAUCUCAUCUAAAAGAUCACAUCAAAAGACAUAUGAAUAUAAAAAGUUAUAAAUGUAUUCAUAAUAAUUGUGGUAAAAUGUUUGCCACAAAUAGAGACUUAAAAUCACAUGGUAGUAGAGUGCAUAAAUUAAAUAAAUUGAAAUACAAU